CUUGCCACUCGAACAUAAAAUUUAUAUCUUCUCGCCACCAUGUAAUAUCCUCUAUAAAUGUCACUCAAACUGAAAACUAUGUCCCCUAUUAAAUGAGAGUCUCCCAGGCCUAGCUGGCAACAUGCAUACGUCAACAUGGUCAUUUCUUUCAGGGGAACAAGAGACAUUUUUGAUCUUCAUCGAUACAGGGAGCGUUUCUGUGGAGAUUUUGGGGAACAACCUAUAAAUGGAGACCAGGAGAGAAAAUGCAGAAUUAUAAAGGCUCCUAGGGAAAAUGUAGCCUCCCUCCCUGAAACGAUCUCAUAAAUAGUGAACUGAGCUUGAGAAUAUUCACGGUCUACAUGAAUGGAACUGUUAGAAAAAGUGAAUCUUUUACUUGCCCUAGACUACAGGGCAGCUUCUACCCUUUUAGCAAAGUUAUUACCAAAUAUACCUUUCCCCAGGGAAGUUAGAGUUAUUGUGGUGUUAUGACAUGCACCCCGCCUGGUUAGCUCAGUUGGCAGAGCGCUAGACUGUCCCUGGAAGGCCCACUAAAUAAUAAACUCGAAAGUAUUUACUUCCUUAAUGCAUGGAACUGCUACAAAGUUUAGUUAAAACUUUCAUUACCGCCUGCCACAGAGUUGCUUCCUCCAUUACAUCUAAGUUAUCACCAAAUAUAAUAUGGCGUUUUCCAGGGAGAUUGGAGUUAACCGGGCGAUCUGACAUGCACCAUCGAGUUCUCCCGCACUCUGCCCUCUGCACAGGAUCCAGACGUUUGUGGACAGGCGCAGGGACAGUUCAGCAAUUGAGAAAAUUAAAACCUUCAGUGAUGUUACUUUAACAAUUCUGCUUACAUCUCCGUACUGUUAAAAACCUGAGACAACUGACCGUUUUCCUGGGGUUGAAAAUCGGAAAUCACAUGGGACUAUUCCGAUAUUAUUUUUCGUAAUCUUGAAUAUGAAAUUACACAUGUCGUUUCGCUCGUUUGACGCUCGAAAACAAAACCAGUCAUUCUUAGGAGUCUAACAGUAGAGCACCUGCUUGGCAAGUUAUAAGUUGCCUUUCCAAACUGUCAAUGAUCCAUGUAAAUUAAAUUUGGCUUGAUCUUACGUCUAAACACAAAUAGCCAUCUAUCAGAUCAGCAUGGCAAAAGUAGACUUUACUGAAGAUGGACAGCAGAAAACGUUCGAAGACUUUGCUUGUUCGCCAGAUUUAACUGCUGGACAGCACGGCCAGUUGACAUUUACAUCAGUUUAUAACUCUUUUCUGUCCGUCACUGCAUUUCUUGGGAACGCUCUGAUCUUAAUUGCUCUUCACAAGGAGUCUUCACUUCAUCCGCCGUCCAAACUCUUGCUUCGUAGCCUUGCAGCAACUGAUCUCUGUGUUGGACUUAUUUCGGAGCCUCUCGCUGUUGUCUAUGCGAUAUCUGUAGUCAAUGAACAGUGGAAUAUUUGUCCUCACCUAACAGUAGCAAGUUUUAUAACAAGUUAUAUCUUGUGUGGAGUGUCGGUCGAAACUAUGACUGCAAUAAGCGUGGACAGACUUCUCGCCCUGUUGCUGGGACUUAGAUACAGACAAGUUGUAACUUUAAAGCGAACCUACGCGAUAGUUUUUACCUUAUGGGUUUCUCCCGCUCUCUUUUCAGCAAUGUACUUUUGGAAUCCCCUUAUAACCAUGUGGUAUAGUAUCAUAGGUAUAUUUCUGUGUCUUAUAAUCUCCAUUUUCUCUUACACAAAGAUUUUCUUCACCCUCCGUCAUCAUCAAAAUCAAGUACAAGGCCAUGUUCAACAACCGAACCAAUCAAAUCAACUGAACAUAGCGCGAUACAAAAAGGCAGUAUCCACUGCAAUAUGGCUGCAACUGACGCUGGUCGCUUGUUAUCUACCCUUUAGUAUAGCAGAGGCAUUGAAGGCUAAUAGUGGACUAUCUUCAUCUGUUUAUCACCGUUGGAUCUACACAGGUUCUUUAGUUUUCUUAAACUCUUCAUUAAACCCGAUUCUUUACUGUUGGAAGCUAGAAGAAGUUAGACGAGCAGUGAAGGACACAAUCAGACAGGUGUUUUGCCAUAUUUUGUGAGUUAGGUCUCGUAGACCAAUGCCAUGAAAAUGGUGGAUGAAGUUCAAGACUUAGAUUAUUAAAAAGUUCUCGUAAACAUUGCCUUAAUUUAAAAGUGGUGCUUCGGUACUCAUUUUAAUAUAUCAGUAUGAACUGUUUCUUUUGCAAUAAGAUAGCCAUCGAGAAAGUUUUCAUCAUCGUUGUAAAUAAUUGUUUUAAAUGACGACUUAUAAUAAUCACCUCGAGUUCAGCCAUACUCUGGUGUUUGAAUAAUU